CUUGGCCUGACGCAGGAGGAAAGAUGGCGGACGAGGAGAAGCUACCGCCCGGGUGGGAGAAGCGAAUGAGCCGAAGCUCUGGGCGUGUAUACUAUUUCAAUCACAUGACCAACGCCAGCCAAUGGGAAAGGCCCAUCGCCGGUGGGAAGAAUGGCCAAGGGGAGCCGGGUAAAGUGCGGUGUUCUCAUCUACUUGUGAAGCACAAUCAGUCACGGCGCCCUUCAUCAUGGAGGCAGGACAAGAUCACACGCAGCAAGGACGAGGCGCUGGAACUCAUUAAUGGCUACAUCCAGAAGAUGAAAUCGGGGGAUGAGGAUUUCGAAUCUCUUGCUUCUCAGUUCAGUGACUGCAGCUCAGCUAAGGCCGGAGGGGAUCUGGGCAGCUUUGGGAAAGGUGCAAUGCAGAAGCCCUUUGAAGAUGCUUCUUUCGCUCUGAGGCCUGGAGAGAUGAGUGGCCCCGUCUUCACAGAUUCCGGCAUUCACAUUAUCCUCCGCACUGAGUGAAUUCACUUUUAUAAUGG